AUGGGCUCCCGCGGACCCGCACGCGUGGUGGCGUGCUGCCUGCUGCUGGCCUUCGCCUGUGGCCCCGUGCUGGGCCGCGUGCCCCCUGACCAGGAGGAGCCGCAGGAGCCGGAGGGCACCGAGGAGCCGCUGCGGGACCGGGACCCUGCAGAGAGGGCGGAAGACAGGCAUGGCGGGUACGGCCCCCGGCAGGGCGAGGAGCCCCCGGCCUCCCGCUGUUACCGCUGCUGCGACCCCGGCGCCCCCCUGUACCCGUCGGUGCCGGUGCCGCAGAUCAACAUCACCAUCCUGAAAGGGGAGAAGGGCGACCGGGGCCUGCGGGGCCUGCAGGGGAAGCUGGGCCGGCCGGGCGCCGCGGGCGUGCGCGGCCACGCCGGCCCCAAGGGCCAAAAGGGCUCGGCGGGCGCCCCCGGCGACCGGUGCAAGAGCCACUACGCGGCCUUCUCGGUGGGCAGGAAGAAGGCGCUGCACAGCAACGACUACUACCAGACGGUGGUGUUCGACACGGAGUUCGUGAACCUGUACGGCCACUUCAACAUGUUCACCGGCAAGUUCUACUGCUACGUGCCCGGCGUGUACUUCUUCAGCCUCAACGUGCACACGUGGAACCAGAAGGAGACCUACCUGCACGUGAUGCGCAACGCGGAGCCCGUGGCCAUCCUGUACGCGCAGGUCAGCGGCCGCAGUAUCAUGCAGAGCCAGAGCCUGAUGCUGGCGCUGGGCGAGCAGGACGAGGUGUGGGUGCGGCUCUUCCGCGGGGAGCGCGACAACGCCGUCUUCAGCGACGAGUUCGACACCUACAUCACCUUCAGCGGCUACCUGGUCAAGCCGGCCGCCGAGCCCUAG